AUGGAUCAAAUAACAAAGCACAGAGUUGAUCGAGCCGCUGAGGAGCUUAUAGCUUCAAUUGAUCCUACAAGAGUCUGUGACCUGGCCACUUCCUUUCAUCCUGCCAAAAGUGCCUGUCGGAUCUUCUCAGACUGGAAGAAGGGUGGCUUUAAUGUCUGUUUUCCUGUGAUCUUUAACCAGGAUCCCGAGAGCAUGGAAGGUGAGAAAUGGAUGGUCAGGAUUCCUCUCCUUCCUCGACUGGCAUUUCCGAAAGAGAAGAUGCGCAGUGAAAUUGCAACCAUGAAGUAUAUUGCAGAGAAGACCACCAUUCCCAUUCCUCAUCUACACGGUUACUCCAUAAACAGCGAUGACAACAUCCUUGGCCUUCCAUUUAUGCUUAUGGAGUAUAUUGAGGGGAAGACAUUGGCUGGUGUUGUACUUCAAGAUCUUGAGAAAAGGACAAGAGAACAUUUUUACACCCAACUUGCUGAUAUUUAUAUCCAACUUUAUCACCAACAAUUCGACCAAAUCGGAGCUCUCACCCUUGAUGAGCAUGAUGAGGACUGGGUAUUUGCCAACAACCGCCCUCUAACAGUUGAUGUCAAUGAUCAGGAACAGACUUUCACCUCGGCAAUUGAUUACAUAUACCUGAUUUUCAGACUCAUCUACAAUGACUACUGCCGGUGCCCGGAUUCCAUAGUGGGGGAAGAAGAUGCGCGACAUUAUCGAUACAGUAUUUGGGCAGGUCAGGGUAUUGUGAUGGGGUGGGUUAAACAAGAGUACAAUCAUGGCCCUUUCAUUUUGAUGCAUGGUGAUCUCCGCCCGUCCAAUAUUGUUAUCGAUGACAACUUCAACAUCACAUCAAUUCUGGACUGGGAGUGGAGUCACACUCUCCCAGUUCAGUUGUUUGCGGUUCCCCCUUACUGGCUCACAAACCUCCAAGUGGCGCAAAUUGCCGAGCCCUUAUUCUCUUUCCCAUAUACAGUGGCAGCUCUAGACUUCAUUGACUCCAUGUGUGAGCUUGUGUACACUUCUUACAACCCUCACAGAAAACUGCGAUCAGAGAUUCCCAUGGCGAGUGUUUGGCGCCAGCAGGCGUAUGAGGACCAAGCUAUUGCUCACGGACUUUUGAAACCCCACUCCUUCGGAAGCGUCUACUGCCAUGCUCUAGAUUCUUGUUACUACGAUUGGGACCGUAACCAGCGAGUGGAAGCAUUCUUUAAAUUGAGAAUUUGGCAAUCUGAACUUGAAAUUAUGAAGCAAAAGGUAGUCGAAUUGGCACACUUUGAAAAGGAGAGACAAAAGUUGGGAGUAGAACAACGUGUGACCUUUUCCUAUCCAAUUUUCACACAAGAGCAAGAAGCCGGGCUGGUGAGGAAGUUGAAGGAUUUCAGCGAAAAAGCAGACAAGAUCUUUAGGGAUGGGAAUGAAGUGGAUCUCUUGGCAAGAGUUGAAAGAGAAGUCCGAAAAAAACAGGAGCUGAAAGCUGAGCUCGAAAGGCCACGCUCGCGGUGGCCACUUAUCACCAUUGGCGCGAUAUAUCUAGUGUAUAUCAUCAGUAGGGAUCGGGGGAAUUGA